AUGUCUUUCUUAAAUAAAAGUAAAAAGGCAGACCUAAUCUGUCUAGCAGAAGAUUUAGGUGAGUCGCCAGACGAAACCAUGUCUAAAGUAAUUCUGAAAGAAUUAAUUUUAGCUAGUAAACAUUAUAACGAGGAAGAGGCAAAAGAAUAUUUAGAAGUUAUCGUAGCUGGAAGGUUAGAACAGGAACAAAAACUUGAAAAUGAAAAUAAACUAAAACAAGAGAGGGAAAAGGAAAAGUUUGCACUCGAAAAACUUCGUCUAGAAGUGGAAUUAUCCAGGAUCAAUCAAAGUUUGGUUCAAAAUAGUGAUCAAGUCGUGCUUGCAAAAUCAUUAGAUGAAAUAGUUAGGAUGGUUAGGCUCUUAACAGUUAAAGUUCCUAGUAAGUCAGACGGAUGGGACUAUUUCUUUUCAAGCUUAGAAAAGGCAUUUGUAAAUGAAAAUGUUAGUUAUGAAUUUAAACCAAAAGUGUUGCUUUGUUUAUUAGGAGACAAAGUGUCUAAUUUGUUAGUUAAUAUAGAAGAAGGCGAAUUAAAAAAUUAUGAAUCUUUGAAGAAAAUAGUAUUACAGGAAUACGAACCUUCACCGAAAUUGUGUUUAGAAAAUUUUCGCAAAGCUAAACGUAACAACGAUGAAACAUUUUCUCAAUUUGCAUCUCGGUUAACAUCCAUGUGGGUGUAUUAUUGCAAAUCAAGGGGUGCUAGUGAUUUUGAGACUGUAAAUCAACUCAUUGUAGCAGAUAAAAUGUUCCAAACAUUGGAUUCCGAAACGGCAACCCAUAUAGGUGUGCUACAGGGGGAAAGUUGGUUUAAGCCAAAGGAAAUGGGUAAACGUUGUGAUGUAUUCUAUGCAUCCAAGGGUAAAUCCUAUGACGGGUCAGUGAGAGCCAAAAGAAAUGAUUAUGAUGAAAGAGGUUUUCAGGGUAAUUGGGGAAAACAACAGUUCAAUGAGAAGAAGACCGAUAAUAGUAAUUUUUGCCCUAAGAAAAAUUUUGAAAAAUCAAAAAUCACAGAAGUUAGAAAGCUAACUUGUUACACUUGUGGCUCCGAUAAACAUUUUAGACGAGAUUGUCCGAAAAUUAAGGGAGCAGACUAUAAAAAGAUUAAGGUAAACAAGGUUUCCGCUGAGGGUGCAGAAGCAGAAUCAAAAGGGGAAACAGUAGCUGCUAGGGUGGAUUUACUCGGUAAAGUAAUUCCUAGGCAUGCUAUUGAAGACAAACUUUGUAAAUUGACAAAGGUAUCUGUCAGUGUAGCUGGGAAACUAGCCGAAGCAUUAGUGGAUUCUGGCACGGAAAUUACAGUUGUCAAAAGGGACUUAGUUCCUGAAGUUUCAGUCGAAGGUGCUUCUACAGUAUAUUUGAAGGGUAUUUUUGGUCCGGCGGUUAAAUGUCCUUUAGUGUACGUUCCGUUAAGUCUCGCUACUGGUGGCCAAGUUAAUGUGGUGCAUCAGCAAGUUUUAUGUGCUUUAGCAGAUGUUUUGGUGGAGGAUGUGUUGCUUCCACCGGAUAUUCUAAACAUGUUGGGAGGGGCCCGGAGUGAAGGAAAUUCACUGGCUCAGAACUCUCAGGAAUUGAGGGGUGAUCUGCAGGAGAAAGCACAGGAUAGCAUUAUCUUUGAGAAAACUCAAAGUGAAAUUACUUCAUGUGGGAAUGAAGUGGGAACGGUUAAUAAUAAGGAUGAGAAAGUAACCACUGAGACGGUUAAGGGAAGCAUGGUCGCUGAUACUUUUCGCUCUGAGCAGGAACAGUGUGUCGAAUUAGCAACGGCUUGGAAGCAUGCUAAAGAAGGCAAAAGUAACUACUAUGAGGUAGACGGUUAUCUGUUUCACAGAGACAAAAUACUCGGGGAGAGUAUUGGGCAACUGGUAAUUCCAAAGUGUAGACGCGGUGAGGUACUCAGACUUGCUCAUACCUCAGUGUUUAGUUGUCAUAUGGGUUCUAAAAAGACUCUAGAACGAAUCAAGUACUCUUUCUUCUGGGAAGGUAUGCGGACGGAUGUCAAAAAAUUUUGCGACUCAUGUAAAGAGUGUCAACUCACUCAGACUGUUAAGACUAGUGACAGAACGCCAAUUACGCCUGUCGUGAGGCCUGAAUUACCAUUUCAGGUAGUGAAUGUAGACCUUAUAGGUCCAAUUGAUCCUCCUAGUGCGAAAGGACAUAAAUACAUAUUAUGUCUGGUUGAUCAACAUACUAGGUGGGGCGAAACCAUACCGUUGACUAGUCUGAAUGCUAAGGCAACAUGUGAAGCUUUGUUAAGUAUAUUUUCAAGGACAGGUAUUCCUAAUGUUAUCGCGUCUGAUAACGGGACCAAUUUCACGGCAGAACUGACUAAAGAGUUUGAAAAACGAAUAGGGAGCAGUCCAAGAUUCUCUACCCCUGGAUAUCCACAAUCAAAUGGGUUGGUGGAGAGGUUUAAUAGAACUUUAAAAAACAUGUUGCAUAAUGUAGUCAGGGAAGAAGGUAGGGGAUGGCAUUUACAAAUUCCUUAUGUGCUGUGGGCGUACAGAGAAAUACCUCAUUCAACUACAGGUGUGUCGCCAUUUCAGUUACUCUAUGGUAGACCACCACAAGGUUCUUUGUCUAUCCUAAAAUCUACUUGGACAGGAAAAUUUAAUAAUGUACAAUUAAAUAGUACUUCCGUUUCCAAAUACCUGGAAAAUUUAAAAUCAAAACUAGAGAAGGCUGCAGAGCAGGCUAAGCUUGUUUCAGCAGUACAACAGGAAAAUGCGGCGUAUUAUCACAAUUUAAGAUCGUCUAACCGAGUGUACAAAGUCGGAGAUCAGGUGAUAGUAUUAAUACCUGAUUCGACUAAUAAAUUAUUUACCAGAUGGCAAGGUCCUGCAACUAUCGUUGAGAAACGUAAUCCCCAUUCUUUUUCAGUUAAAAUGUCGGAUGGUUCUACCAAGCACAUUCAUCAAAAUAAGUUAAAACAUUACAUAGCUAGUUCUAACUCUAUAAAUGUCAUUUUUGAGGAAGAAAAAGAAUUCGGGCAUGUUGAAACUUUACCAACCGCUACCAAAGAAUCUGAAUUUUUCGAAAUUCUUGAUAAUCUUGAAAUUAAACAUGUAGACAAUUCUCAGUUAGAAACUCUUAAAAAUUUAAUCGUUAAAUUUAAACGCAUCUUUACUAAACCCGUGCAACCAGCUGCGGUUGGCACUCAUAAAAUUGAACUAUUGCCCAAUACGGUACAGAAAAAGCCUCAUUGUUAUAGUGUUCCUAUUGCAUACAGAAAGGAAGUUGAACGUCAAGUUCAAGAACUUUUAGAAUUAGACUUGAUAGAACCUUCGGUAUCCGAAAUUGCUCAUCCGAUUGUUUGCGUUGCUAAAAAGGAUUCUUCAAUGAGAAUGCGCAUUGAUUUUAGAGCAUUAAAUGCAGUCACCAAAGUUCCAGUCUUUCCCAUGAAAGAUUUGCAAGAAUUGAUAUUCACUGCAGGGUCAGGCCAUUGGUUAAGUAGCUUAGAUCUUUUAAAGGGAUAUUGGCAAAUAAAAAUGGACGAGGAAAGUAAACGGUUGACGGCGUUUGCUACGCAUAAUGCUGUGUACCAGUGGAAGACCAUGCCUUUCGGUCUGGCGGGAGCAUCUGGUACUUUUCAACGUGAAAUGAACCGUGCCUUGAAAUCUCAUUCAGAGUAUGCGCAGGCGUACAUGGAUGAUGUAGUCAUUUAUUCUAAAUCUUUUAAAGAGCAUCUGUUUCAUUUAAAACUUAUACUGACAGAAUUAGAUGAAUUAGGAUUUUCUGUACGGCUGGAUAAAUGUACUUUCGCCACCAAACAAAUAAAAUAUUUAGGCCAUAUUAUAGGUGGAGGUAGACAUGGUCCAGAUAAAGACAAAAUUCUAGCAAUACAGAAAUUAGCUAGACCUACCACUAAAAAAGAGGUCAGGUCCGUAUUAGGAUUAAUGGGAUUUUACCGCACAUAUAUACCAAAAUUUGCGGAAAUAUCCACUCCACUCACGGAAUUAACCAAGAAGAAUAAGCCAAACAAGGUAAGUUGGGGGGAAGAAGAACAAAACUCGUUUGAGAAACUGAAAGAAUUACUCUGUGAGGUUACUAGUCUUGCUACCCCUGAUGCCAACUUGCCAUUCCAGAUACACUGUGAUGCGUCUGAUCAUGGUGUAGGAUGCUGUUUAACUCAGCAAGAUGCUGACGGGUCUUACAAACCAAUAGCUUUUGCCAGCCAAAAAUUCAACGCUGCACAAAAGAAUUGGGCAAGCAUUGAGAAAGAGGCUUGGGCAGUGCUAUAUGGUCUGAAUAAAUUCGAUAAGUGGAUUUAUGGUGCUAAGGUGGAGAUCAUAUCUGAUCACAAUCCUCUUAAAUAUCUGAACCAAACCACUCCUAAAAGUCCAAAGCUAACCCGUUGGGCUCUAGCUCUACAAAGGUGGAAUCAUUCCACCACACAUAGACCUGGUGUACAGCAUCGAGUUUUGAGGUGGUUGUCCGACGUCACCUAUGAAGUAGCCGAUUUCGACCCUAGUUCAAGAAGGCGGAAACCGAAGGAAGUUGUCCACGUCUUACGCAUGCAGCCAUACCAUGCCCCAGAAGAACAAGACGACCAACAUUCUUAUGAAAGUAUGGAAGUUCCGGAAAGAGACAUUUCUCAAGAGACAACUCCCUGUGAAGACGCGACGCCUUAUACUGGCCCUGCUUUCAAGAUCGUCACUGACCAUCAUUCCCUGUGUUGGCUGACAGGACUGAAGGAUCCCUCUGGAAGACUCGCUAGAUGGGCACUGCUACUCCAAGAAUACGACGUAUCAGUGGUAUACAAAAGUGGAAGAAAACACAAAGAUGCUAAUAGUCUAUCCAGAAACCUAUUAAAAGUCAAUGCUUCAGGGUCUGGGGACUCCAUAGGUGCCACUUUAUUCACUGAUCUCUCAGAAGAACAUAUGAAAGAUCCGGAAUUGGCAAGAAUAAUAAGAGACCAACAAAGUACCGAAGCAAGCAGGCUGGAAAACUUUGAAUUAGUCGGAGUCCUCUACAAGGAGAAUUUUGAUCCGUCCUGA